UUUACAAGGAAUUGGCUUUCCAAAGCUGUUUUCGUGCUCUACGAAUUUGUACAGUUCAAUAUUUACAAAGAGGAAACACACCUGGGAAAAUGGCAUUGGAUGAAUACCUAUGGAUGGUCAUUCUAGGGUUUAUAAUUGCUUUUAUCUUGGCAUUCUCUGUCGGAGCAAAUGAUGUUGCCAAUUCUUUUGGUACAGCUGUGGGCUCUGGGGUGGUUACUUUGCGCCAGGCCUGCAUUUUGGCAUCCAUUUUCGAAACUACUGGGUCAGUGCUGCUGGGAGCCAAAGUUGGAGAAACCAUUCGUAAAGGUAUCAUUGACGUGAACCUCUACAACAGUACAGUAGGCUUAUUAAUGGCGGGAGAAGUCAGCGCGAUGGUUGGCUCUGCUGUCUGGCAGCUGAUUGCGUCUUUCUUGAGGCUCCCGAUAUCCGGAACUCACUGCAUUGUGGGUGCGACCAUUGGAUUCUCAUUAGUUGCAAUUGGCACCAAAGGAGUCCAGUGGAUGCAGCUGGUCAAGAUUGUUGCCUCUUGGUUUAUCUCCCCACUGUUAUCUGGUAUGAUGUCUGGCGUGCUGUUUGUGCUGAUUAGAUUUUUCAUCUUGAGCAAGGAAGACCCCGUGCCCAACGGCCUUCGUGCCCUGCCAGUGUUUUAUGCUGCUACCAUUGCCAUUAACGUUUUCUCCAUCAUGUAUACGGGAGCACCAGUCCUAGGAAUUGUUCUUCCUAUGUGGGCAAUAGCACUAAUUUCUAUUGGUGUAUCAUUGGUCUUGGCUCUCUUAGUCUGGAUAGUGGUGUGUCCGUGGAUGAGAAGAAAAAUAGCAAGUCGGUUAAAGAAAGAAGGUGCGUUAUCAAGAAUAUCUGACGAAAGCCUUGACAAAAUUCAAGAGGAGGACGCAGCUGUCUUCAAAGAGCUUCCUGGUGCCAAGGCGACGGAUGAAAGCACGAUCCCCCUCACUGGCUCCGGAGCAGAAGAGGCUGGAGCAUCAGACAGCGUGGCAAAUGGGAGUCAUCCGCGUGUUCCGUACGGGAGGGCAUUUUCAAUGACUCACAGUAUGGUGAAAUCUCCCAUUUCCAACGGUACAUUUAAUUUUGACGGACACAUGAAAAGUGAUGUUCAUGUGUAUCACACUGUGCACAAAGACUCAGGAUUGUAUAAAGAUUUGCUGCACAAAAUACACCUAGACAGGGGUAACAGCAGCGACAGGCCAGCCCAGGAAAAUAACUACAAGUUCCUGCGGCGUAACAACAGCUACACCUGUUAUACGGCUGCCAUAUGUGGGAUGCCAGUCCAUUCCUCCUUCAAGGUAGCUGAUACGUCCACUCCAGAAGACAGCGAGAAGCUCGUCGGGGACACGGUGUCCUACUCCAAAAAGCGGGUUCGCUAUGACAGUUACUCCAGCUAUUGCAAUGCUGUGGCUGAAGCAGAAAUCGAAGCAGAGGAAGGUGGCGUGGAGAUGAAGAUGGCGACAGAGUUGGUCGAUCCUAACAAUCCCACUGAGGAUCCUGCAGAAGAGGAGAAAGAUGAGAAGGACACCUCCCAGGUCCACCUGCUUUUCCACUUUCUUCAGAUCCUUACAGCUUGCUUUGGAUCUUUUGCACACGGAGGCAACGAUGUUAGCAAUGCUAUAGGCCCUCUGGUUGCUCUCUGGCUUAUAUAUGAACAGGGUGGGGUCAUGCAAGAAGCGGCGACUCCUGUCUGGCUGCUCCUGUACGGAGGCAUCGGCAUCUGCGUGGGUCUCUGGGUCUGGGGGCGAAGAGUGAUCCAAACCAUGGGGAAGGACCUCACCCCCAUCACACCAUCAAGUGGAUUCACUAUUGAGUUGGCUUCGGCGUUCACAGUUGUGAUAGCUUCCAAUGUUGGACUUCCUGUCAGUACUACACACUGCAAGGUUGGCUCUGUGGUGGCUGUUGGUUGGAUACGAUCCAAGAAGGCAGUGGACUGGCGCCUGUUCCGCAAUAUCUUUUUAGCCUGGUUUGUGACUGUUCCCGUAGCUGGCUUGUUCAGCGCUGGCGUCAUGGCAAUCUUUAUGUACGGUAUCCUGCCAUACGUCUGAUCUUUUGU